AUGUAUAUCAAGCGUGUUAUCAUAAAGGGUUUCAAGACUUAUCGGAAUGAGACGAUAAUUGGUGAUUUUUCGCCGCAUCACAAUGUUGUGAUUGGUGCUAACGGUUCUGGUAAGUCCAACUUCUUUGCCGCUGUGAGGUUUGUGCUGAGUGAUGAUUACAGCAACUUGAAACGUGAGGAGCGUCAAGGGUUGAUACACCAAGGAGCUGGGGCCUCAGUCAUGAGUGCCUCUGUGGAGAUUGUUUUCCAUGACCCUGAACAUAGCAUCAUUGCACCCACUGGUAUAAAUAGCAAUGGCAGUUCUGAUGAAGUGCGUAUAAGAAGAACAGUAGGUUUGAAGAAAGAUGACUACCAAGUUAAUGACAGGAAUGUCACUAAAGGUGAUUUAGUUAGGAUGUUGGAAAGUGCGGGCUUCUAUAUGAGCAACCCAUAUAAUAUAGUCCCACAGGGCAGAAUUGUCUCGCUCACUAAUGCAAAGGAUAAAGAAAGACUACAACUGUUAGAAGAAGUAGUCGGUGCCAAAUCUUUCGAAGUCAAACUAAAAGCGUCAAUGAAGCAAAUGGAUGAAACUGAACAGAAAAGAGCGCAAAUAUCGGCGGAAAUGGAGGAGCUCGAGUCUAAACUCAACGAAAUGGAAAAGGAAAGAAAAGAGCUUGAGAAAUACAACAGCCUGGAAAGAGAUAGAAAAGUUCUUAGAUAUACAUUACACGAUAGGGAAUUACAAGAUAUAAUCUCACAGAUCGAAAGCUUGGACGGUGAUUACAACGACACUCUGGGGUCCUCGAAGAAGUAUAUUUUGGAAUUGGAAAAAAGAGAGAACAUGAUUAAAGAGGUAAAUGAAGAAAUCAAAAAUUUACAAAAAUCAUUAAAACUGAAAGCAACUGUUGAUCUUGAACAAGCUAAGGCAAUUUUGGAGGAAAGUCUUGAAAGAUCAGAAGCAAUUAAAUUGCAACUGAAAGAUAUAAAGGAAAAGAUUAAACAAAACAAAGAGCAACAUGACAAUGAUCGCAAGAAUUUGAAACUGAUAACAGAAAUAAUAGAUUCCAAAAAAUCAAAGAGGAGAAAGAUCAGUCCUAGAUUUGACCAGUUGCAAUCAGAGGAGAAAUUGAUAAAACAUCAUCUGAAGGAAUGUAUAGAAAAACAGAACAACUUUCUUCUAAAGAAGGGAAGUUAUGCAAGAUUCAAAUCUAAAGAAGAAAGAGAUGAAUGGAUUAAUUCAAAAAUAAAGGAACUCAGCGAAUCGAUAAAUACCAUGAAAGCAUCAACUACUGAGUUGAAGGAACAGAAAUCCUCUAUUGAUGUAAAAAUCAAUGAGUCAGAAAACAAUAUAGAAGAGCUAGAAGAUUCUCUCAAUGGUCCUGGUAUCAAAGCAGAAAUUGAGGAUAUCGAGAAGGAAUUGAUUAAUCUCAGAAGAAAGUAUACGGCAAACAUUGAUGCACGAAAGGAAAAAUGGCGUGAAGAGCAAAAACUUCAGAUGAUUUCGGAUUCUCUUGUAAAUGAAGUCAAAGAAAAUGAAAGAUCUUUAAAUGAAACAAUGAGUAGAUCUUUAGCAAAUGGUUUCAAAAACGUGAAAGAAAUUUGUGAAAGGCUAAAUCUAGGAACAGAAUCUGUUUUUGGCACUGUUGGUGAGUUGAUACAAGUUAAUGAAAAAUACAAAGUCUGUGCAGAAGUGAUUGGUGGAAACUCGUUAUUUCAUGUAGUAGUCGAUACCGAUGAAACAGCCAGCAUACUCAUGAACGAAUUAUUCAGAAUGAAAGGUGGUCGAGUUACAUUUAUGCCGCUUAACAAGUUGAAAAAUGGCAAUCAGAACAUUGAUUAUCCAUCUGAUCCAAAUAUACCAUGCACACCUUUAAUCAAGAAAAUCAAGUAUGAUAUGCAAUUUGACUGUGUUGUGAAGCAAGUUUUUGGACGUGCUUUGGUUGUUAAGGACUUGACAAAUGGGUUGUCAAUUUCGAAACAAUAUAAAUUGUCUUGCAUUACUUUAGAUGGUGAUCGCGUUGACGGAAAAGGUGUCCUGACGGGUGGCUAUCUUGAGCAAAGCAAAAAAUCGAGGUUAGAAUUACUACAAACUGUUGCAUUAUCGAAGAGACAGUUACUUGAAAUUAGCGCCAAAUUGACAGAGAUUAAAAAUGAACUAACCGAAAUGGAUAAUGAUAUAGAUAGCACAAAUGGUAGUAUUCGCCUUGUAAUGAACAGAAAGGAGAAUAUGCAAUCAAAUUUGAACACUUGGAAGCAUAAAUUGUCACAUGAAAGAAACGAACUCUUAUUCUUACAACAAGAAAAGACUAAUAUUUGUGAGAAAAUAGAUUCUGUUGACCUAAAUUUGGGAGUUUCCGGUGAAAAAUUGACUCAAUUAAAAAUCGACCUGACUAAGACGUUUAAUAAUGAAUUGACCACAGAAGAAAAGAAAGAGAUAGAAAUACUAUCAAAAGAAAUUCUCGAAAACCAAAAUAAACUGAAUUUGACCUCUGAAACAUUAUCACAUCUGUCUGUCGAAAUUGACACAAUCACUGCAGAAUUGGAAUCCAAACUGAUACCACAACAAAAUGACAUUAAGCAAAAAUUGCUAGAUUCUUCUGACAGCAUCAUAGAACAGCUAUUACUUGAUUCUGAAGAACUUGAAGGACGUGCCAGUGAAGCUGACAAUCAGCUCACAAUUCAAAAAAGAGCUCUUCAAUCGAUCGAAAAGGAGAUCGAGAGCACAAAGGCAGAGAUUACCAACAAAGAAAGAAUACUUGAAAAAGCUAACAAUCAACAAAGACUUCUCUUGAAGAAAUUGGAUGAAUAUCAAAAGGAUGUUGAUAAAACAAUGAUCAAAAAAACCACGUUGGCUACCAGAAAGAAAGAAAUUGAACAAAAGAUAAGGGAAGUUGGAAUUAUUUCAGAGGAUACGCUUGAUAAAUUUAAAACUCUAUCAAGUGAAGAUCUUUUAUUAAAACUAAAUGAAGCCAAUAAGGAAAUUUCAGGGAUGAGAAAUAUUAAUAAAAGAGCAUUCGAAAACUAUAAGAAGUUUAAUGAGAAACAAUCAGAACUCAGAGAGAGAGCAACAGAAUUAGAUGACUCAAAACAAUCUAUACAAGACUUAAUUAUAAAAUUGAAAGAACAGAAGCUUAAUGCAGUCGAUAAAACCUUUGAUAAGGUUUCAAAAAAUUUUGUUAUGAUAUUCGAAAAAAUUGUUCCCAGGGGGACAGCAACAUUGAAUAUUCACAGAAUCAAUCUACAAGGGACGGACGACAAUUCUGAGUUAUUUACACAAAGCAACGAGCACACGACACCAUAUGAGGGUGUCUCUAUUUCAGUCUCGUUUAAUUCUAAGCAAGAUGAACAAUUAAAGGUAGAACAACUCUCAGGAGGUCAAAAAACAGUAUGUGCUAUAGCACUGAUACUUGCUAUACAAAUGGUAGAACCUGCACCAUUUUAUUUGUUCGACGAAAUCGAUGCCGCUCUUGAUAAACAAUACCGAAGAGCUGUUGCUCAAACCAUCUCCCAACUAUCUAACAAUGCACAAUUCAUUUGCACUACAUUUAGAUCUGAUAUGGUGGAUGCUGCUAAUAAAUUCUACAGAGUAAAAUAUGAAAAUAAGCAAUCUUCUGUUAUUGAGGUAACAAAGGAGGAGGCCAAGCGGUUUAUUAAAGGUGGCAAUAAACUAUCCGAGAUAUAA